AUGUGGUUGAACGUGUCAUCACGCACAAGAUUAUCAUUAGUAAUUGUACACUUGUUUGUAUUAUUUGUGCAGCGGUUCUGUCGAGCAGUUCAAGCAAAAGGUAACCCAUAUGCUAUCAUUAUGGUUUCGUCUGCCCGAACUUCAACCAAUAAUCCUCUCCGUUCACAGGAAAAUGUUACCUUAUGGUGUCAGGCGGAAGAUCGAGGCGCAGUAGCAGAAAUUAAAUCGGCGGUGUUUGUACGGAAACGGGACGGUAUGGUGCUUAAAGCUGAGAUAAGCAAUGAUCAUAAACGCGCUUAUCAUCAUUUCGGUUUAGCGGAUGUUGCUGAUUCUGGUAAUUAUAUAUGCAGACUGACGACAACUAAUGGACUGAGUGUCAGUGGCAAUCACCAAGUGUUCGUUCGUCCUGUGGUCUUAGCAGAUGUCGGACAUUUUGAGCCACGAAAGAAUGAUCCGUUUUCAUUUGAUGGUAAUGGCGUUACAGUUGUUCGAGGCUCAUCAGCUGAGAUAACCUGUCCAGUGAUCGCUUUCCCAACACCUAGGUUUUCUUGGACAAAAGAUGGUAAAGAAUUCACCACAAAAGAUGAUCGUGUGAACAUAAAAAGCGAUGGAAAAAUAUUGAUUGAUGAAGUUAGUGACGCCGAUAAAGGUGUGUAUGAAUGUACUGCAACAAAUGAAUAUGUCAUCAGUGGCCGUACAGAAGCACAUCAAGUGAUGCUGGCCAGGGUGCUACGAGUUAAAAGUGAACUGGCAUGGUUAUGGCCAUUGUUGGUGAUUAUCAUCAUUAUCCUCUUACUUUUGGUAGUAAUCAUAUUCGGUGAAUGCAGGACGAGACAGAAUCAGCAGAAACUACUGGAAACGGAAGACUAA